AUGUAUUAUGAUGGUCAUCGUGAGAGGGGGAAGCAGGAGUGGCGAUCAAUGCUUACCCGGAUGCUCUACACAUGUUACUGGACCGUCGAUGUCUUUCAGGCGUGCAUUCUACGCGUAACUGUAAUGUCCGACAUACGAAAAUUUUACAACUGGCGCCAAGUGAUUUCCAGGUCAACAAUUGGUAGAUGGAAUUCGAGGAAGACGUGA